UCCUUUUGUAAAACCAAUUCCGUAACACGAGAAAACCUAUUACAAAUUGGGGGAAAAUAUCUUACGCUUUUGAACUCAGUAAGACAUUUUCCGAAAUGACGCCUUCUUCUCCCCUUUCCCCUUUCCCUUCCCCUUCCCUUUUCCCUUCCCCUUGGGUUGCAAAUCAGUUUGGUCAAGGACCUCUUCCGGUUCCUCCUUAAUCCAGUAGCCGAUGAAGAUUACAGAUUAUCUAUUGGGCUAUUCACCUCCUAUUUGGGCGACUUUUCUUGCUGGAUGAUAUUUUGGUUAUAUUUUGGUUAUAUACAGAUGGUUGAUUAUGUCAUUUAAGCAUAUAUUCUUCAUAAAUCUCCCCUUGAAAAAAAAAGAAAAAGAACUUUCUUCAGUUCAAUGGUGUUAUUCAAUGACUACCUUUUUUACUAUGCAGGGUGUUGUAUACGCCAUAGAUAUGAUUAUGGAGCCAUCAUCCUACUAGAUGAAAAGAAUAGAGCACAUAUUUCGAAGUGGCUAAGGUUAUCCAUUAGAAUGUAUGGAAGUUUUGAGAAGUCAUUGGACGAGCUGAGAUCCUUUUUCAGAGAAGUCAAGAUCAAGGAUGGUUUUGCUGAGGGGAAAGACCUGGUUGUGUCUGUUAUGUCUGCAUUGGGGGAAGAGCAGAUCUGUGCUCUCAAAGACAUUGGUCCUAAGUAGUUUCAAAUUCAUUUAUUGCAAAUCUUAGAUGGAACCAUAAAAGACUUUGGCAGUACUAAAUGCGGUUUGGAUGUUUUGUUUUGGGUUUGGAUAGAAAAAAGAGAACAACAAUAUAACUAGUUUCUUGUUGUGCUAUGGAUUACUGUUUUGCUUUUCUUUUUCAAUAAUUUUUAUUAUCUCGUCUUUA